ACGAGCCAUCGACUAAAGAGAAGGGCUCCAGGUCCCAGGAGGCGGUAUCACAACCAGCCGCCUUUCUCUUCCCUUCCAACACCGCGGCACCACCGCGCGAGGGCCGGGCUUUUCUCCAAGGUGGUGGAGCGAGCGAGCGAGCGAGCGAACGCGAGGAGGAGGAGGAUGAUGACGGCAAUGGUGAAGGCUGAGCCGACGGGGGCGGCGGCGGGGGCGGAGGGGAGCAGCGGGCGGAGGGACGCGGAGGCGGAGCUCAACCUGCCGCCGGGCUUCCGGUUCCACCCCACGGACGACGAGCUCGUCGUGCACUACCUCUGCAGGAAGGUGGCCGGCCAGCCGCAGCCCGUGCCCAUCAUCGCCGAGGUCGAUCUCUACAAGUUCAACCCCUGGGAUCUGCCCGAGAGGGCGCUGUUCGGGAGCAGGGAGUGGUACUUCUUCACGCCGCGCGACCGCAAGUACCCCAACGGCUCGCGCCCCAACCGCUCCGCCGGCACCGGCUACUGGAAGGCCACGGGCGCCGACAAGCCGGUGGCGCCCAGGGAGAGCGGCGGCAGGACGGUCGGCAUCAAGAAAGCGCUCGUCUUCUACUCCGGCAGGGCGCCCAGGGGCGUCAAGACCGACUGGAUCAUGCACGAGUACCGCAUCGCCGAAGCCGACCGCGCACCCGGCAAGAAGGGAUCCCUCAAGCUGGACGAAUGGGUGCUGUGCCGGCUGUACAACAAGAAGAACAACUGGGAGAAGCUCAAGGUGGAGCAGGACAUGGCUGUGGAGGCCGGGCCGAACGGGGAGGUCAUGGACGCGCUGGCGACCGACGCCAUGUCCGACAGCUUCCAGACGCACGACUCCUCCGAGAUCGACAGCGCCUCCGGCCUGCAGCAGCAUGGUUUCAUGGACAUGGCGCAGCAGCAGGCGAGGAUGGUGACGGUGAAGGAGGACAGCGACUGGUUCACCGGCCUGAGUAUGGACGACCUGCAGACUUGUUAUAUGAACAUGGGGCAGAUGGUGAACCCAACAACGAUGCCUGGGCAGAACGGCAGCGGCUACCUGCAGCCGAUGAGCUCGCCGCAGAUGAUGAGGCCGAUGUGGCAAACAAUCUUGCCACCAUUCUGAGAUGGAAUAAGAUAUGGUGUAAAUUAUUGGAAAUAGAAGUGAUUAGACAAAUACUUACUUUGCUGAACUAGAAAGAGGUAGAAAUUUCCCAGGCAUGAUUCUGAAGAUGUGGUGGUAGGCUUGUAGCAGUAUUUAUUCUUUGGUUUCGAUCUAUAAAUUUGGUAUUCUGAACAAACAUGUGAUUUUGUUCUCAAAAUAAUCUCAAGUCUAAACAC